CAGCAGGAAGUUCGAAACAACUCGUCGAGCGGGAAAUCCGAGUGGAAACGAAACACAUCGGUCGUGAUGGUCAACGAUGUCGCACCGUGUCACGGAUGUAAUUGGACGUUUCCGGUCGAACGAAGGAAAAUAACGACGGCGACGAGGGGGAUGACUUGGUAGUCGAAUCGGUGGAAUCGUCAUCUCGCGACGUCAUCUCGAAUGACGAGCGGUGAAACGGCUUGGGAGGAAGAAAAGUGGUUGAUCCCGGUGGCAAUAUGACCGACAGAAUUACAUAGUGGCGCGUGGCGUGCCACGGGACUCUUGAGCGCGUACUCUUCUUCGAUCACGUGGAUUUCGCAACGCCUGGAUCGAAAAUAUAUCGUCGAGGACGCGGAUAUGUCGAGACGCGGGCAUUCGGGUCGUCGACUCGACGUGAAAUCAGCUGAUAUCGACUCCACAGUGUGAAGAAGAAGAAGAAGAAGAAGAAGAAGAAGAAGAAGAAGAAGAAGACGACGAGACGAGAAGAGAGGGAGAGAGGGGGGGAGGGGGAUAGAUCGAGAAAAAUGGAAGCAAGGAGACUGGUGUUGGGAAGCGCUAUCCUCGGACUUUUUUGGAGCGGAUUGUUCAAGGGCGCCCUGACCAAUUCGACCAACAGAUGCGACUAUCCUCCCUGCUCCUGCGACUCUCACGGCAGGCUGACCUGCGACUGUAAAGAGGAAGGAGAGGAGCUGGUGUUAACCACGGACGGGGACAAAAGGUUGAGCCCGCACACGAGCAGGAUAGCGGUGAGCAAUUGCUCGUCCGUGAUCCUGGCCAACUCGAGCCUUGCCUCGAUGGUCGGUCUGCGCGCCAUCGACCUGAUCAACGUGGCGAAUCUGACCCUGGUCAGGCAGAGUUUCGAGCUCUCCCCUCAAAGCACGCGCACGUGGAUCUCGGUGAGGAACUGCAGCAUCGACACGAUGCCAAGCUUCGUGUUUCGGGGCGACGUGGAGGCGAUCAUCCUGGAGAACGUGAGGAUCGGCCAGUUGAGCGCGUUCUCGUUCGCAAAUCUGGUGCACACGGAGAAGCUGAGGCUGGAGAAUUGCCGCAUCGAGAGCAUAGAGGCGCAAGCGUUCAAGAAAUUCGACGUGGGCCACUUGCGCGUGAUCGGUACAAGGUUCGGGGAUCAGGUGCCGAGCAGGACGAUGAACGACAUCGAGGUUUAUCACACGUUCAUGUUGGACGGUGUGAGAAUGGGGACGGUGAGAAGCGAGGCGUUCAUCGUGAGAAGCCCGCGGACAGUUGCGAUACAAAAUUGCGUGGUUGAGAGUUUAGAGAGCGAGGCGUUCGACGUGACCGCGAGGGGGCCGGUGAUCGUGAAGAACAACACUUUCGGUAGCCUGUCGAUGGGCGCUUUCCUCGGUGUACGAGCGGACGCCGAAGCGAGGACACCGCCCGCCGCCUCGCUCCACGACCUUAUCUUCAAGAACAACAGCGUGGUCAACUUCGAGGAGGGUUCGAUCAUGUUCGACCGGAAUAGUUUUCGCCUCGAGCUCGACAACCUGUUGGUCGGUCGAUCGUGCGACUGUCGCAUGUUGCCCGUGUGGAAGAACAAUAUUCUCAAUUACACCAACCUAUACUCCAGGUUUUCGGUCAAACAAAAUACCGCCGCCUCCUCCCUCGCGUCGGCUAGCCAAGACGCCCUCCCGAUCAACGAAACCCCGGAGACGUUCCUCUGCUACGACGGCGAAACGUCGAACGGGGUGGCGAUCAGUUUCGUCGAGUACGAGGCGCGACACUGCUCCCUAGGCGGAUCCAUACUGGUGUUCGUCCUGCUCAUCGCCGCCCUCCUCCUCCUAUCGAUACUGAUCGCCUGCCUGAUCGUGUGGUGCUGCAGGAGACGGCGUAGAAACAGCAGGAAAAAGUGGAUCAGCGUGCCGAUGAACGCGCCCGACGUCGUGUCGAAGAAGAACGGGGUGAUCGGUAGGGAGGCGGCCACCUCGGCCACGCCGGUCGACAGCCGGAUAACCAUGGUCGUCCCGGACGGAAGGCUCUACAGGGAGACCGAGUUUCACGUGAUCGUGGAGAAGGCCGAACCGUUGACCACGGAAUUGUAACGAGAGGCUUGGAACGGCUCGACCAGGAGGGAACCGAUGCCUCGAAUCGAGGAACAAUUCGACCGGUCCUCGAGCCGUUUUCGCGUCUACAAGUUGUGAAUUGCACACGAACCGACCAUACACGAUUGUUGCUACAUGUGCGCGUAGAUUCCAUCCAGAUUGGAUCGGACCAAUUCGCGGUACGCUCGGUUUAAACUUCGAUGCGCCUAUCCAUCUACGAGCGACGACUACUCUUUUCCAGAGUAGAAAGAAACUUUGCCUCGACAAAAUUUUUCACCCUCGCUUCCGCGCUGACGAAGAGACGCUGAUAAGAACGGGGGGAGAGAUCACGAUUCUCUCUCUCUCUCUCUCUCUCUCUCUUGUUUUCAAUUUAAUUCCUUCUAGUACAAGACAGUUCGUAAGCUUCCAUUUACAUAUCAAGAACGAGCAUCGAUUAUCCAUCCAACCCCUUCCCCCCCCCCCCGUCGUUUUUCCUUUCUUCUCUUCUUUUCAUCUUUUUUUUUCGACCGCGGUCACCGUCGAUUAUUCGAACACUUCUCGGUAAUCGAAGAGAGUUUUCCUUUCCUCUCGUUUUUUUUCACGAGAUCGCGUUGAUGGAUGAUCGAUGCGCGUUGUUAGUUAAGUUUAAGCGCGUUAGUUAAGUAGCUUCCAAAAAAAAAAUGUAAAAAAAAAGGAAAGGAAAAGAAAAGAGGGCCAGUGUCGUUUCGCUUUCCAAGAUGGAAGCGAGGCGACGGAGGAAGACGGGGAACGACGGAGAUGACGACGACGACGACGACGACGACGAUGAAAGAAGAGGCGAGAGCCGAGGAGUACAAAGGGGAGUGAGUGAGUGAUCGAAACUGAUAACGGACUCGGUCGACGUCGCGUUCGAGAUUUUCUUAUCGCCGCCGACUCUUCUAUCGAUCGAACGAGUGGGAAAAAUGCGACGAUCGCACGUUCGAUCGACCAAUGAUUCCAGGUGGUACAUUCGCGUGUUCGAAAAGCGAAGCGAGAAGAAGCGAAAGAGGGCGAAUUAUUCGUAAGAAGAAAAUUAUUUCGAAGCGAAAAUUGUUCACUCCCUACCGCCCACUUUCAUCGAGAAUCCCUGUAUUAUAUUCCUCCUAUUCCAAUUCUAACCGCGUUUCUAAUCGUGCUUGUAACACAAUAAAAACAGAUAUUACCUGACAUCCCUUGACAAUACGAGAUAAGAAGAGUAUCGAUGCGAAUAUAUCUGAAAUUAUUAUUAUUAUAUACGCCGGGCUGGCGUGGAGAAGGACGAGAACGAUAACCAAUGAAAUCAACGUUACACGCAAAUUUGUAUUCCGAACCGAGCGUGACAACUCACCGAUUGUUCUUCUCGGAGUGUUCAAACUCUUUCUCCUUAAUUUAUUGUAUUAUUUCACUACGAUUUCAUGUUUAUUUAUGAGCUCUGGACUUUGGCCAAUAAAUUGUUGUUACUGUUAUCAUUCCGAUCGGUAUCUAAUUUUGACAAAUGCGCUUCGAGGGAUUUUCCCCUCGACGAGCGUAAUCGAUUCGCCACGAGGGAAACCGCGUUCGCGUUUACGAAUUCGGCCGGUAAUCUCGAAAACGGGGAGGUCCUCUCUCUCUCUCUCUCCAUCUCUCUUUCGGAGUAAUACGCGCGCAUACGGUUUAGCGUAAAACCGCAACCGACUGCCGCCACUCGAGUAUCGUUCCGCCGUUUCGAGCUGCUUACGGUGAUUAAUAGACCCGAUAUAAUUCGUCCUCCUCUCCGUUUCAUCAAGGUAAGCCAUCGAGAUAUUUUACCCGUCCAACGAAUCGAGUGAAAGGAAACCUGAAAGGAAUUCGAGAAACGAGGAAACGUUGCCGGAGAAACGUUGAGCAACAACGACGAGGACGACAACAGAUUCGAAGCCGUUUUUUUUUAAAGCGGCAAUGAGACCGUGCCGUGACCGACCGUUUCGUGUUAACCGUGCAUUAUUGAUACAUUUCGAUCGUGCGGCAUCGUUUCGUUUUAUCCCCGAAGAGCGAAGAGCAGAGAUCGAUGUUUCUCCCGAGAUCGUUCAACGAGACCCUUCCCUCGAAACUUGAAACCUCGAAUUUUAUCGAGGCACGCCCAAUUAGAGAUCGCGCGUGAAAAAGUGGGUGGCAUCUUUCGUCUAACGGCAUCUCGCGUCUAUAAAUCCGUGUGACAAACACGCGCGCGUCUACGAUUAUCGUGCUUGUGCGUCGGGAAAUUAAGCUUUUCUAAGGACGUUUUAGUUGUAAUUAUCGUCAGACUGUGAUAUAACGACAGCCGAUUGUAUAAUUUAUUUUACAUUGAAAGAUGAUACCAGCGAGAUAA